CCGGAAGUUGUGUUCGACUCCAUUUUGAAAAUGGCCGUCCCUUCUUUCUUUCGAAACGUGGGAAACGUCAACAUUGGUUGGUUUUCUCUUGUUGCAAAAUUUAUUCUAUUUAAUUUUGCGAUAAUAGUGCAAAAUGCCACGCGAAAUAAAAGAGGUGAAAGAUUUCCUAAACAAGGCACGCCGUGCUGAUGCCCGUGCUGUGAAAAUCAAGAAGAAUCCGUCUAACACCAAGUUUAAGAUUCGUUGCUCGCGGUUCUUAUACACAUUGGUGGUUCAGGACAAAGAGAAAGCCGAGAAAAUCAAGCAGUCCUUGCCGCCAGGCUUGCAAGUUAAGGAAGUCAAAUGAAUGUGUUACAUUUAAAAGCGUGUGAUAACUAAAGAGUAUGGAAAACAUUUCCAUGUGUUCUGUGAGCACUUAUGAAAAAAUCAUAGUUGUUUUUCAAGUAGUGAAAUACAAAUUGCAAAUAUGUUUCAAGAAAAUAUAA